AUGGGCGAAUGCAUCAACAACCACGACGAGGCUUCCGAUGAGCUCUGGCGACACCAUGCUCCUGAUCGUACGCCCAUGUGGCAGUUCAUGCAGCAGGUGAACAAAAAACAUGCGUUGGCCAUCGACGCAUAUCCCGGGCUGUACCAAUGGUCCGUCGACAACGUGUCCGCCUUUUGGGAACAAGUCUGGGACUUUGCCCUGCCGGAAAAUGCGCCCAUGUACCCUCGGCCCGACUUCUUCUCAUCCGCCCGCCUAAACUUUGCCGAGAACCUGCUCUUCUGCCCGACCUCACCCGUCGACCCGGACGACGUUGCCGUCAUCACCGCUACCGAGCUGCCGGGGGACAUCAAGCCGACGACGUGGCGACAGCUGCGUGAGUCGGUGCGCCAAUGCUCCAAUGCCCUCCGCAGCGCUGGGCUGAAGCCCGGAGAUGUUGUCGCAGGCUACCUGUCUAAUCAUGUGGAGGCUGUCGUCGCCAUGUUGGCCGCCGCAUCUGUCGGCGCUAUUUGGACCGGCAUCAGCCCCGAUAAUGGCGUGUCAGCCGUGCUUGAUCGGCUUGCUCAGAUCGGGCCAAAGGUCUUGUUCGCCGACAAUGGUACCGUCUACAAUGGCAAGGAGUGGCCGAGCACCCCCAAGACCAAGGAUAUUGUGGCAGCACUCGAGAGUGCCGGACUCGGUCUAGUUGUCGUCAUUGACAACACCAGCGCCGACCUCGGUCUUGACGACAUCAAAUCCCAAGGCGUCAAAGCUCUCGACUACACGUCUUUUCUCAGAGACGCGCCUGCAGACCCCAUCAAGUUUGAGCAACUCCCUCCUUCGCAUCCGCUCUACGUUCUGUACUCGAGUGGAACGACUGGCCUGCCAAAGGCCAUCGUUCACACGGCGCUAGGUACUCUCCUCCAGCAUAAGAAGGAACACAUGUUGCACUGCUCCAUGACUGCCGCGUCGCGCAUGCUGUACUACACGACGACUUCGUGGAUGAUGUGGCAUUGGAGCAUCAGCGCCCUGGCAGUCGGCACCGCUCUCGUUCUCUACUCCGGAUCACCGUUCCGACCAAGCUCGCACAUGUCGCUUCCCAAGCUCCUCUCCCGGCUGAAAGUGACCCAUUUUGGCACGUCAGCUGCGUAUCUCACGGCACUGGAGGCCAACAACGUCCGGCCUGUUGAAGACAAAAGCCUCGACCUGUCAUGCUUGGAGGCAAUCUAUUCUACCGCAUCACCACUACCCCCGUCCACCUUUAAAUUCGUGUACGAGGCGUUUCCAAAGACGGUCAACCUGGCCUCCAUCACUGGCGGCACUGAUAUCAUUUCCCUUUUUGGCGCACCGUGUCCUCUGCUGCCCGUUCGAGUUGGCCAGAUCCAAUGCGCUGGUCUUGGAAUGGACAUCCGCGUCGUAGACCCCAUUACAGGAGAGGACAUGCCGCCAGGGGAGCAGGGCGAUUUGGUCUGUGUGAAACCGUUCCCUUGUCAACCGUUGACUUUCUUCGGUGACAAUGGCCAGGCCAAGUACAAGUCGGCCUACUUUGAGCGCUUCGAAGACGUCUGCGGCGUCAAAGGCCCCGUCUGGCACCACGGGGACUUUGUCAAGAUCCCCGAUGCCACCACCGGAAGCCUGGUGAUGCUGGGCCGAUCAGACGGUGUAUUGAAGCCUGCGGGCGUCCGGUUCGGAUCUGCAGAAAUCUACAACAUCCUCACUCGAUUCUUCGCCGAGGAAGUCGAAGACGCCGUGUGUGUUGGGCGCAGAAGGGAGACGGACAGGGACGAGACGGUCUGCCUUUUUGUCGUCAUGGUCCCCGGCAAGCCCUUCGGCCAAGGCCUCAAAACUCAAAUCAUGGCCAAGAUUCGGACCGAGCUUAGUCCCCGGCACGUCCCGGCGGUGGUGGAGGAGUGUGGCGCCGGUAUUCCCAAGACUGGCAACGGCAAGAAGAUCGAAGUCGCUGUCAAGCAGAUUCUGUCUGGGCUGAAUGUUAAAACUAAUGCGAGCGUCGCCAAUCCUGAAGCACUGGAUUGGUUCAGAGAGUGGGCAAUGAAAAAUUGA